AUGAUUAUGUCUCUACCCGGAAGGAUUCGUAUAGCUAUUGAUAGGGGCGGAACUUUCACUGACUGUAUCGGAAAUCCUGGGUCCGGUAAUGCAGAAGACAAUAUUGUCGUGAAGCUGCUCUCAGAGGACCCUUCUAACUACGAAGAUGCGCCACUUGAAGGUAUCAGACGAAUUUUGUCUAAGUUUAGAGGAAAAGAAAUUACACGAAAUGAAAUACUGGAUACGUCUGAUAUUGAAUCAAUUCGGAUGGGUACAACUGUCGCUACUAAUGCGCUUCUAGAACGGAAAGGUGAGAGGAUAGCAAUGAUCGUGACAAAAGGGUUCAAAGACUGCUUAAAAAUUGGUAACCAAACGCGUCCAAAGAUUUUUGACUUAUCUAUCAAGAAACCGGAUAUUCUCUACGAAAAGAUUAUUGAAAUUGACGAAAGGGUGACUCUUGAGGAUUACAGUGAAGAUCCAACCGGAUUUAUCAGCACAGUUGAACCAGGAAAAUUAGGGUUUGAUAAUACGAACCUUGAGCUUGUAAAGGGUCUAUCUUCAGAAAUUGUUCGGAUCAUAAGUCGCCCUCAGGAGCAUACUAUUCGAAAACAGCUACAGGAUGUUUAUGACCUAGGAAUACGCAGCAUAGCAGUUUGUCUAAUGCACGCUUAUACAUUUCCGAACCAUGAAGUAAUUAUAGGACUAAUUGCAGACGAAAUUGGAUUUACGAAUGUAUCCCUAAGCCAUCAGCUUAUGCCAAUGAUAAAAUUUCUUCCCAGAGCUACUUCUACAUGUGUUGAUGCUUAUCUUACUCCAGUUAUUAAGAAAUACAUUGCAGGAUUCCAAAAAAGGUUGAAAGAAAAUAUAGAAAAUAAAGGUAUAAAGAAAGAAAGUGAUUCAGAUACAAGAUGUGAAUUCAUGCAGAGUGAUGGAGGUCUUGUUCAUGUUCAAAAUUUCUCGGGGCUCAAAGCUAUUCUUUCUGGACCAGCUGGCGGAGUUGUUGGGUAUGCCAUGACCUCCUAUGACUCGGCAACAAAGAUACCAGUGAUCGGCUUUGAUAUGGGUGGUACCUCAACAGAUGUGUCCAGAUAUGGCUCUGGAAGAUAUGACCAUGUAUUUGAAACUACUACAGCUGGUGUGACAAUUCUAUCUCCGCAGCUCGAUAUAAAUACGGUAGCCGCAGGAGGUGGAUCGUGCCUAUUUUUUCGAAAUGGGCUAUUUGUAGUUGGCCCAGAGUCUGCGGGGGCACAUCCAGGUCCAGCUUGCUACCGAAAGGGAGGCCCUGCAACUGUGACAGAUGCAAACUUAGUUUUAGGACUUCUUCGAUCUGAGUUUUUUCCAAAAAUAUUCGGUAAAAAUGAAGAUGAAGGACUUGAUGUUAUAGCGAGCAAAAAUAAACUCAAUGAACUCGCUGAGCAGAUCAGCAAAGAAACAAAGAAACCCAUAAGCGUGGAUGAGACUGCACUUGGAUUCUUGAAAGUAGCUAACGAGGCAAUGACAAGACCUAUUCGCUCGCUGACCGAAGCUAAAGGUUAUGAUGUAUCAAAACAUCGUCUGGCAACAUUUGGCGGUGCAGGUGGUCAACACGCUGUAGCAAUAGCACAGAGUCUUGGGAUUCGGGAGAUACUUGUUCAUCGUUAUUCUUCAGUUUUAUCUGCAUAUGGAAUGUCUCUUGCUGAUAUUGUAAUUGAAAGGCAAGAACCGGCAUCAGAAAUUUGGAAUGAUGAUGAUUUUGUAAGUAACUCACUCGAAGAAAGAAUUCUAGGACUGGGCCAUCAGGUGAUUUCCGAGCUUCGUCAACAAGGAUUCGAUGACAAUUGCAUAGAAUUUGAGCAAUAUCUUAAUAUGCGAUAUAAAGGCACUGAAUCAGCACUGAUGAUCAUGAAUCCAGAGGUCGUGAAUAUGAAAAAAUGUGGUCGAAAAUUUUCCUUUGGAAAAGCUUUUAUCCAAGAGCAUCGGCGGGAGUAUGGAUUUGAAAUACCAGAUAGAGAAAUAAUUAUUGAUGAUAUUCGAAUCCGCGGCAAAGGCAAAAAUUUAACGCGGGCUGAUAAAACAGUUGAUAAACAGCUUGAGGAAAUUAAAAUUAAGGACUUAUUACCAGGAGAAAAAGAAUUCAAGAAAUCUUCCAUAUACUUCGACGGGCACCGUCAAAUAACUCCUAUCUACCGGCUUGAAGGACUCGACAUUGGUGAUAAGAUUAAUGGACCGGCAAUAAUUGCUGAUCAAAAUCAAACAAUUGUCGUUUCUCCAGGUGCAACAUCAUUAGUAAUUAAUACUCAUGUAGUCAUCACCGUUGAUAAAAAAAUAAUCAGAACCUCAGAUAAAGAGAAGAUGUUGUCUGAGGAAGUUGACCCGAUCCAACUUAGUAUAUUCUCUCAUCGCUUCAUGGCUAUAGCCGAACAAAUGGGUAGGGCCUUACAGAAAACAAGCAUAAGUACAAAUAUUAAAGAGCGACUUGAUUACUCAUGCGCUUUAUUUGAUGCAGAUGGGGGGCUUGUAGCUAAUGCCCCCCAUCUUCCUGUCCAUUUGGGAUCAAUGUCGACUUGUAUCCAAAAGCAGGCCGAAAUCUGGCGCGAUAAACUGGUUGAAGGAGAUGUGAUAGUUUCCAACCAUCCGGAAUUUGGCGGAACUCAUCUGCCAGAUAUUACGGUUAUAACCCCUGCUUUCGAUUUAGCCGGAGAAAAAAUAAUAUUUUAUGUAGCGUCAAGGGCUCAUCAUGCAGAUAUAGGUGGUAUAUUACCUGGUAGUAUGCCACCAUAUUCUCGAGAACUCUAUCAAGAAGGCGCAGCUAUUAAAUCGGAAUUAUUAGUCAGAGCCGGAAUAUUCAAUGAAGCACGCAUUAUUCAGCUCUUGCUCAAAGAGCCUGCCAAAUACCCUGACUGUAGUGGAACAAGAUGUUUGAGUGACAAUUUAUCAGACUUAAAAGCUCAGAUAGCGAGCAACAAAAAAGGGAUAGAUCUUAUCUCAGCGCUUAUUGAAGAGUAUGGAGAGAAUACCGUAAACCUCAACAUGAUGAGUAUCCAGAAAAAUGCAGAAUCAAGUGUUCGGAAUCUUCUAAAAGAUGUAAGUAGACGUUUCGAAAGGCAAGAACUUUCUGCCAUUGAUUACAUGGAUGAUGGAAGCCCAAUUAAACUGCGUGUUACCAUAAAUUCAGAUAAGGGCGAAGCAGUGUUUGAUUUUACUGGGACCGGUUCUGAAGUAUACGCCAAUACAAAUGCCCCUACUGCCAUUACUUACAGCGCCGUUAUUUACUGCCUUCGCUGCCUUAUUUCGCAAGAUAUACCACUUAAUCAAGGAUGUCUGAAGCCCAUCAAAGUCAUUAUUCCACCGAGAUCUCUCUUAUCACCUUCUGAAAAAGCUGCAGUUGUCGGUGGAAACGUACUAACGUCUCAGCGUAUUACUGAUGUCAUACUGAAAGCUUUUAAAGCGUGCGCUGCAUCACAGGGUGACUGUAAUAAUCUAACAUUUGGUUUUGGUAGUAAUAGCGAAGGACAGGACGAAAUUAAAGGGUUUGGUUACUACGAAACUAUAGCUGGUGGAAGUGGAGCUGGUGAAGAUUGGCACGGUACUAGUGGCGUACAUACACACAUGACCAACACGCGUAUUACAGAUGCUGAAAUAUUUGAAAGACGCUAUCCUGUGCUCCUAAGGGAAUUCUCGAUACGUGAAGGCUCUGGGGGCGCUGGGAAGUAUCGAGGUGGUAAUGGGUUAAUACGAGAUAUUGAAUUUCGCAGAUCAGUUCUGGUUUCAAUCUUAAGUGAAAGACGUGUCUAUCACCCAUACGGUAUGUCUGGGGGUAGCGAUGCUAAAUGCGGCCUCAACAUCUGGGUACGCAAGGUGGUGAAGGGUGACCCUCAACUUGAUGAUAGACCAAUUGAUCAACAUUCUAGCAUCAGAAAAGAUGUCAUAUAUGAAGAGCGUAGGAUUAACCUCGGGGGCAAAAAUACGGCUGCUAUGCAGGCAGGUGAGAGGAUCAUCAUUCAUACACCAGGUGGUGGUGGAUGGGGCGUGGCUGAUAGAUUUCCUUUAUGA